GCGUGCGUCCAGUCAGACGUGUCAGAAAGAUCAGCAGCCAGCCGCGGAAGUAUCGGCUUUCAGUUCGACAUGGCUUCAAGUGUGACGAGCUGAGGAAAAAAUCAUCACAAAAACUGGGCUAUUCUCUUUUUCACCACUCCCAAGGCGUCAAACGAGGGUCAUGGUGUGAAGACAUUGACCGGAUCACUCAGGUUUAUACAGUGUGGCCUUCAUGUACGAGACUGCAGUCUGAUGCCAUCGCUCUCAAUUCCGCCUGCUAUGGACGGGCACAGCUUCUCGCAUUCGGAUGGACCUCAGCUGGAUGGCAGGGGGUUCGUCCUGCCACCCCCUAUGAGCCACGUGUUUGCUAACAACCAUUGGAGCUUCUCCCCCCAGUUGCCCUGUCCUGUGCAAUCUGAACACCAGCAGCACCUUUUCAACGGUCCAUCAGACAUGCACACGGAUUUGUUUCUCAACGGCUUCAGCGACUUCGACUUCGACUUCCCCACCCUGGAUCUCUCUCGGAACGGAGACCUCUCUCAGGACCUCUCUUGUCUAGAUGAUCUACCAAUCUUCUCCCCUACGACCGACUCGUUAUCCGUAUACACCAAUAACGAUAUCCUCAGGACUGAUGUGACAACCAAUGUACCCACAAUAUGGGACAUCAAAACAUCAGCAUCAGUCCAAGAGGUGAAUUCUAACAGGUUUCAAGGUUUAAACUCUUUGGACGACAUCACUGCUAUCAUCAAUACACCACCCAUAGGAGGUUAUCAGAGACCCCAACCACAGCCAGAAGAGGAAGAGGAAGUCGAGGUGGAGGAGGCUGAAGAGCUGGGUCAUGUUGACACCUAUGCAGACUACAGGCCCUCAAAAUCCAAGAUAGGAAAAUCCCACCCAGACCGAGUGGUCGAAACCAACACUUUAUCUAGCGUACCUCCUCCAGAUAUCACCUACACCCUGUCCAUCCCAGAGACCACCAUAAAUGACGGCCUGCUCUCUGCUUUGCAGCUGGAAGCCAUUAUCUAUGCCUGCCAGCAACAUGAAGUGAUUCUGCAGAACAACCAGCGGGCCGGCUUCCUCAUCGGGGACGGCGCCGGAGUGGGCAAAGGUCGCACAGUGGCUGGCAUCAUUUUAGAAAACUACUUAAAGGGAAGAAAGAAAGCACUAUGGUUCAGCGUCUCCAAUGACCUGAAAUAUGACGCAGAGAGAGAUCUCCAAGACAUCAAUGCACCCAAUAUACAAGUGCAUGCCUUGAAUAAGAUAAAGUAUGGAGACACAGCUACCUCAGAAGGGGUCCUGUUUGCGACCUACUCAGCACUGAUUGGGGAGAGUCAGGCAGGCGGCCAACACCGAACGCGUCUAAAGCAGAUCCUAGACUGGUGUGAGCCGGAUUUUGAUGGAGUUAUUAUUUUUGAUGAAUGCCACAAAGCCAAAAAUGCAACGUCCACAAAGAUGGGGAAGGCCGUGCUGGAUCUCCAGAACAAUCUGCCGUUGGCCAGAGUGGUGUACGCCAGUGCCACAGGUGCCUCAGAGCCAAAGAACAUGAUCUACAUGAGCCGUCUGGGAAUCUGGGGAGAGGGAACCCCCUUCAGGACCUUUGAUGACUUCCUCCACACCAUAGAGAAGAGGGGUGUGGGGGCCAUGGAAAUCGUUGCAAUGGAUAUGAAGGUCAGCGGGAUGUACAUUGCACGCCAACUCAGCUUCUCAGGAGUUUCAUUCCACAUAGAAGAGAUCAGCUUGGAUGAUGAUUUCAAACUUGUGUACAACAAAGCUGCUAAACUUUGGGCGGAAGCUUUGGCUGUGUUCAUGCAGGCCGCCGACGAGCUCUGCAUGAGCUCCACGAAGUCCCUGUGGGGUCAGUUUUGGUCAUCCCAUCAGCGUUUCUUUAAAUACCUCUGCAUUGCCGCCAAGGUGCGCUGCCUGGUGGAACUGGCCAAAAAGGAGUUAAAAGCAGGAAAGUGCGUUGUGAUUGGUCUGCAGUCAACAGGUGAGGCUCGAACCAGAGAAGUCCUUGAUGAAAACGACGGACGCUUGGACAGAUUUGUGUCUGCUGCCGAGGGGGUGUUUCAGUCUCUAGUCCUCAAACACUUUCCAUCAGAGAAGCAGAGGAGAGAAAAAGGAGCGGUGAACAAGAGGAAACGUGAGUUGUGUCGCACACUAGUAAAGUUGUCCAUACAUUGCCCCGCCUUUCAUGGUUUGAUUGAACGUUCUCCCGCAGGUAAGCCACGGGGCCGACAGCCAAAGCAACCCCGUCACGGCACUGAUGUAGUUGGAGUUAUCAACAUCAGCGAUGACAGCAGCACCGAGUCUGACGCCUUGGACAGUGACUCCAACUCCUCACCUGACUCGGUCCAAGACAACAGUGAUGAUGUCAUUUUUGUCGAUCAAACUAGCUAUCAAAUGGCACGCUUAGAGGAAAUGAAAAAAGCACUUCUCAACAAGAUCGCUGAGCUGGGUAAAGAACUACCACUCAACACACUGGAUGAGCUCAUCGAUAAAUUUGGAGGUCCAGAAAAAGUAUCAGAGAUGACGGGACGUAAAGGCCGAGUUGUGCGUCGGUCUGACGGCACUGUCCAAUACGAGUCCCGCGCUGAGCAGGGCCACACCAUUGACCAAAUCAACAUCAAAGAGAAAGAUCGCUUCAUGAAUGGAGAGAAGGUGGUAGCCAUAAUAUCAGAAGCGGCCAGUUCAGGGAUCUCACUUCAGGCUGACAGAAGGGUGAAGAACCAGCGUCGAAGGGUUCACAUGACCCUGGAGCUGCCUUGGAGUGCAGACAGAGCCAUCCAGCAGUUUGGUCGCACUCAUCGUUCCAACCAGGUCACGGCUCCAGAGUAUAUCUUCCUUAUCUCUGAACUGGCGGGCGAGCGACGAUUUGCGUCCAUUGUGGCAAAGAGACUGGAAAGCCUGGGAGCUCUGACUCAUGGUGACAGAAGGGCCACAGAGUCUAGAGACCUGAGCAAAUACAACUUUGAAAAUAAAUAUGGCACCAAAGCUCUAGAUAAGAUUACCAAAACCAUCCUUGGUCAGAUCGAAAGCAAGGUACCCCCUCCAAAGGACUAUCCUGGUGGCGACGCCAUGUUCUUCAGAGACAUGAAGCACGGUAUGGUGGACGUAGGCAUGCUCUGCAGUCAAUCACGUUUUGGCAUCAACACUGAAAAAGACUGCAAUAUCACCAAGUUCCUCAACCGAAUACUGGGCCUGGAGGUACACAAACAGAACUCCCUCUUCCAGUAUUUCACUGACAAUUUCGACUACUUGAUCGAAAAGGACAAGAAAGAGGGCAAAUAUGAUAUGGGAAUACUGGAUCUGGCUCCAGGUAAUGAUCAGAUCUAUGAGGAGACACAGGAGAAGUUUCUGACCGCGGGAAAUCCUCAAGAUGGUCAAGUUAUCCUCUAUAAGAUAAGUGUAGAUAGAGGAAUGCCAUGGAUGGAGGCUCUCCAGAAGAUCCAAAAUCUCAGCAACCCGGAUGAAGGUUUCUACUUAUCCCAUAAAUUAAGAGGUAACUACCCAUGCGUGCUGCUAGCUGUGCAGGGCCGGGAGCACAACAUGAUCAUCUACAAACCAAACAUUGGCAAGCAGGCCCAAAUGGAAAGCCUUGAUAAACUAAAACAAAAAUACAACAAGGUCACUCCAGAGGAGGCACAGGAUAGCUGGGAAAACCAGUUCACUUUCUCCUUCAGGAAAUGUAGCCAUGCUAACUGGAACGGGAGAUGCAAGAAGAUAGACGAGGGUCAGGAGUGCUUAAUGGGCACUAGGUUGCGUCAGUACCACAUGUUGUGCGGUGCUCUUCUCCGUGUGUGGAAGCGUGUGUCUGAUGUGGUCGCUGAUGUCACCAGCACCAGCAUUCUACAAAUUGUUCGCCUCAAGACCAAAGACAGCAACAAACAAGUUGGUAUAAAAAUCCCAGAGACCUGCGUGUCAAAGGUGCGUCAGGAGUUGCUGAGGAUGGAUGCCGAGGUGAAGCGGCGACGCCAAGAGAAGGAGCAGAAAGCGCAAGAGCAGCGUCAGGCUGAGGAACAGCAGAGACUGUUGGUGCAGCGUCAGCAUCAAGAGUUCUUGUUAAACUUCUUCCCCCCGUCUUUGCAAGCUCCCACCCUUAACAACUCCUUCACGCCGUUUCCCUCCCUAAAAACCCCCUUGGACGAAAUCCUGGACCUGUCAGUUCACAGUACCUCUCCCUCCUCCCAAGUUAGCUCUCAAACUGGACUGAGUGUAGACAACCUCACUGGGCCGCCCGACCCUUCAGUGGAUGACUUUAACAUUGAAGCAUUUAUUCAGGAGCAGCAGCGUCAACAACCACAGCAGGAGAGUCAGUCCACUCAGGAAAGAAGCACAACACGGGACACCGACCUGCUAGACAUGAUUCUGUCCUUGAACUCAAUUGUGACCACCCCUAGCCAAAAUGACCCUGCCUCUUCCACCUCAGAUGCACCUUUAUCGGUACCCAUGGUCUUGCCAAGUUCCUUCUCUUCUUCAAUGUCGCAAUUCACUCCAACGCCGAUCACACCGUCCUCAUCUUCUCCUUCUUUGCCGCAAGUCUCGCUCCCCCCUACAGACAUGCUCCCGUUACCGAACAGCCACCGCAGCUCUGAAGCCAAUAUAAACGCACGGGAGGUUUUGAACAGCAUGCUGCAAAGUGGAACAGAACAACGCUACUCCGUCAUUCAGUACCAACAACCAGAGUGAGACGCUUCUUGUGGGAGUCUCCUGUAAACGCACACACUCAGGGCUGUAGUCUGACCACUGGCGGCGCCAUGCUCCACCACUGGCCCCGGAUCCACAAGCAUGAAAUUCUGCUUCACAAGAUGGGGGACGUCCGGUGUUUGCUCUGUUCUCUAGUGUACGAUCCCUACACAUUUUGUCUGGCCAGAACGAGCCGAAACCGCAUGCCAGAUCUUCAGGAUAGUUUUCGAGGUGGUCAUCCCAUCCCAGAAUUAAUUUACCAAAAAUUGUUCAAGUCAGAAAAUUACUUGAGGUUUGUAUCGUACCACAGGAUAUUUCGCUUAAGUUCCUUAAGAUUUUGCCUAUGCGGGAAUAAAAAGAUAUUUAAGGCACCCGUUUGGUUCAUCACAGGAUGAACCCUCUGGAGAACCUCAAUAUAUAUUUGAAAUGCCUCAAAGAUGUUCUUUUACAAAGGGGUCAACUGUCGUUCCUCAUGGAGCAUUCUUGACUCUUCAUGUAAGAGGGUUCUUCGAAGGGUUCUGUGGCCAAAGAUUCCAGCUGAAGUACAAACCUCACAUACGCAAGACGUACCACGAAGUUUGCUCUCGGCAAGGGGCUUAAGCUUUGUUUUGCUUUGGACAAUCAUCAGCUUUACGUUUCCGUGAUGAACUUUUGUUUUGACAAAACACUUUUCCUGAGGAGCAAGAGAACAGGCUACUGUCGAAAUGUGCCUUUGGAACACACAGUGGAAUGUAGACGUAAACGUGUACUCCUGUACUGUCAUGUGCAGAUGUUUGUGAUGUAUUUAUUGCCUUUAUUUAUCAGGCCUUGAAACAGUGUGCUAGUAGGAGAGCGUUACUACCUACAGAUCACUCACCUGUGCAGCUGUCUCUAUUGUCCUCAAAAAGAACAGUCUGUCCUGCUGUCCCCUGUGUAACGCAAAAUGGUAACAAUCUAUUCGCCGAGUGAUUGGUUGAUCCCAAAAGGGCUUUAGUCACACGCAAUCUUUUGUAUGAUCCAGUGUGGAAACAAAAAGAUCAGACUUCAGAGUCAAGAGUACAGUCAAGAAAGGGCAAUACAACUUUUAUCUAGUUAAAUUGAAGCCCUUUAUUUAAUAAGUUAAUUAAUUAAAAAAAGAUUAUGUUUUAAAUCUUUGUAACGCCUAUAAGAAUUACUUGAUUAUUUGUGUUUAAUUUUAAAGGGACAUGUUUUAUAUUGUUUUUAUUUUGUUUUAAUGAUACUAUGAUAUUUGUAAUUGUGCAGACAGAAGACAAUCUGGCAAAAUUUUGUUAAAGUUUGCUCUGCUGCACUGGAUGGUUGUUUAUCUUUAUACAAAUUAUACAUUCUUAAAUAUUUUCACUGCGAAAUUGAACUGAAACCCAAAUAUUAACUUCAUAGCUCUCUACGGUGUUAAAACCACUCCACAUUUUCCCAAUGAACUUCAUGGACAAUUAGUUAAAAGAUAUAUAUCUUUAAAUCAGAGAAUUUUCCAAAUGUCUGUCUGCGUAAAAAUUCUUGUUUGUAAAAAUCCUGUCAGUGACACAGAUCAAAUAUUAUUUAUUUAUUCUUUACUGCUUAUUCUCUGCACAAAUUUAUUAUUUUAUUCUUUUCAUUAAGGGAAAUUCUUUUAGCCACAUUUGCACUUGAAACUUUUUGUGUGAAAUUAUUCAUAGUUUCUCUCAUCCAAAUAGUUGUUACACACUCAGCGUUCAAUUGACAUUAUAUUGAAUUAAAUUAAUUGUUUCAUAAUAUUUCGUGAUCCUUACAAGUGAUCCACAUAGUCUGUUUUCUCAGUGCCAAUGAGAAAGAUGAACACAGGACCUAGAUUUCUGUUUUACGUUCUAAUAAAGCAUCUUAUGCAACAAAGCACUAUAUGAUGAGGCCAUGAAAGUGGGACAAAGUUAAAUUUAACCCUUUGUUACUGAUUAGAAAUUUGACUCGUUCUGUGUAUGAUUUGCACUAAAACAGCAUAAAUGAGUGUGUGUGAUCCAGUUCUGCCAAGUUUGUUUGCUCUUGGCCCUUCAUGGGACUGUUCAAUACUGUAAACAUCUCACAUUAUUGGCUUCGCUUUUAUAUCAAUAUGACAUUUACGUAAUUUAUUGCUAUGGAAAAAAAACAUGCUACUGACUGUAUGUAUCUUGAACCGUUUUAUUCCUGUGUUCUUAUUGGUUAUGGUUUUGUCAUUUUCUAUAGGCCUAUUUAUAAUUGAUAUCCAAUUGUAUAUAUUGUAAAAACAAAAUGUGCCUUUUGACUGUUUCUUAAAGAAAUUGUUUUCUACAUGUACCUAAAGAGGAACAUAUACAGUUCAACUUUAUUAACAAAGCAAAAAAAUAAAAUGUUCAGAUUCC